GUGGCAUUGGUAUGUUCUCCCUUUGUGAGGCUGAGUUGUAUUGCAGCAACAGUCUGGACCACAGUUGUCCUUUCUCCUGUUGAUUGGAUCUAUGCUGUCUCAGGUUGGCUGAUUGUGACAAGGCUGCCGUGACCAUGGGGUUUAAGGCUCUUGGAGACAUGCGUUUCCAGCUCUCUUGUUCUGCUGCCAGAGUUUUGUAUGCAUUUCAACAGCAACAAAAUAUGAAUAAAUCUUGGGGGUUGGUGUCUUUUGAGGAUGUUGCUGUGGACUUCACCUGGGAGGAGUGGCAGGACCUUGAUGACGGUCAGAGGACUUUGUACAGGGAUGUGAUGCUAGAGACCUACAGAAACCUGGUGUCAUUGGGGCACUGCAUUACCAAACCUGAGGUGAUCUUCAAGUUGGAGCAAGAAGCAGAGCCAUGUAUGAUAGAAGAAUCCCCAAAUCAGAGUCUAAAAGAUGUCCAGAUUUUCGAAGAUCUAAUUAUGAAAAGACAAGAAAGUCAUGAUACACAUUUGUGGCAUGUUGUAAUUACCAACAGUAAUACAUCAACUGGGGAGAGAAUUGAGUCAGAAGAAACAUUAUAUUUGAGCUCAAAACACACUUCAAAUCUGAUUAUAAAUAGUGAAAACUAUUCAAGAAUGAGGUGCAAAGUGUUUAACAUAUCUUGGAAUGCACUUGCUCCUAGAAAUCCUGAUUGCAUGCACACUGGAGAGAAAUCUGAUGAUAAUAUAACUGGGAAGUUGUGCAGACAUCGUGAGCCGCUUAAUCAGCAUUCCAAGCUUCAAGAUGGGCAGCAGCCUUUUGAGUAUAGUGAACAAGGGAAAGCCUCCAACACACAGCCAAUAUUAUUGGCACACAAGAAGGUUCAUGUGGGAGAGACAUCCUAUAAAUUUGAUUUUGGGAAAGAAUUUCAUAUGUCAUCUGUUUGUGCCCAAGAGAUACCUCCAGUAUUAGAGAAAACUUUUCAAUGUGAUGUAUAUUGGAACAAAAUCUAUAAAAAUUCUGAACUCACUGAACAUCAGAAAAUAUACACAGCAGAGAAACCUUGUAAUUGUAGUGAAUGUGAUAAAUCAUUCAUGAAGAAAUUACCCCUUACAGUCCAUAAGAGGACUCAUAAAGGGGAGAAGCUAUAUGUGUGUAAUGAAUGUGGAAAAACCUUUCAAAGGAAGUCAAAACUCAGCAGGCAUCAGAGAAUUCACACAGGUGAGAAACCAUAUGAAUGUAAAGAAUGUAGAAAAUCUUUCUACCGUAAAUCACACCUCGUUGUACAUCAAGCAAUUCAUACAGGUGAGAAACCAUAUGGAUGCUGUGAAUGUGGAAAGGCCUUUCACAGGAAGUCAAGCCUAAGCAGGCAUCAGAGAAUUCACACAGGUAAGAAACCAUAUGAAUGUAAAGAAUGUAGGAAAUCUUUCUACAGUCAAUCACAUCUCAGUGUACAUCACAGAAUUCACACAGGUGAGAAACCAUAUGAAUGUGAAGAAUGUAGAAAGUCUUUCUACCGUAAAUCACACCUCAGUGUACAUCAGAGAACUCACAUAGGUGAGAAGCCAUAUCAAUGUAGUGAAUGUGGAAAAACUUUUCAUGAGAAGUCAAGCCUCAGCAGGCAUCUGAGAAUUCACACAGGUAAGAAACCAUAUGAAUGUAAAGAAUGUAGAAAAUCUUUCUACAGCAAAUCACGCCUCAGUGUACAUCAGAGAACUCACACAGGUGAGAAACCAUAUGAAUGUAGUGAAUGUGGAAAAACCUUUCAUGAGAAGUCAAACCUCGACAGCCAUCACAGAAUUCACACAGGUAAGAAACCAUAUGAAUGUAGUGAAUGUGGAAAAACCUUUCAUGAGAAGUCAAACCUCGACAGCCAUCACAGAAUUCACACAGGUAAGAAACCAUAUGAAUGUAAAGAAUGUAGAAAAUCUUUCUACCAUAACUCAGACCUCAAUAAACAUAAGAAAAUUCACACAGGGGAGAGGCCCUAUGAAUGUAAUGAGUGUGGAAAAACCUUUUAUUGGCAGUCAAACCUCAUCAGGCAUCAGAGAAUUCACACAGGUGAGAAACCAUAUGAAUGUAAAGACUGUGGAAAGUCUUUCUACAGUAAAUCACACCUCAGUGCACACCACAGAACUCAUACUGGUGAGAAACCAUAUGAAUGUAAAGAAUGUAGAAAAUCUUUCUAUCAUAAUUCAGACCUCAAUAAACAUAAGAAAAUUCACACAGAAGAAAGACCCUAUGAAUGUAAUAAGUGUGAAAAAACCUUUAAACAUAAGUCAAGCUUCAGCAGGCAUCAGAGGAUGCACACAGGGAAGAAGCCCUAUGCGUGUAUUGAAUGUGGAAAAACCUUUCACCAGAAGUCAAACCUUAUCAAGCAUCAGAGAAUUCACACAUGUGAGAAACCAUAUGAAUGUAAAUGUUAGAGAAAAUUCUACGGUAAAUCAAACCUCAGCAUACAUUAAAGAACUCACACUGGUGUGAAACCAUGUGAAUAUAAUAAAUGCAGAAAAUCUAUCAUAAAUCAGACCUCAGUGUACAUCACAGAACUUGCACAAGUGAGAAACCUUGUGAGUGUAAAGAAUGUAGAAAAUCUUUCUGCCUAAAAAUCACACCCCUAUAAACAUAAGAGAAUUCACACAGUGACCCUAUGAAUAUAAUGUGUGUGGAAAAACCUUCAAACAUAAGUCAAACCUUGGCACACAGCUGGGGAUACACAUGAUGUAAAGAACACAGGAAAACUUUUGGUAGUAAAUCAAAAAGUGUAUAUCAGAGAAUGCAUACAGUUGAGAAACCAUAUGAGUGUAAAGAAUAUAGGAAAUCUAUCAGAAGUCAAAUUUUACUAAGCGCUCAUUCAUGUGGGAAAAGCCCCAUGAAUGUAACACAUUGGAAAAACCUUUCACCAGGAACACACUUCAGGAUGCAUCAGCGAACUCACUUAUAAAAUAUUGUACUGUUUGUGUAACAUUCUGCUGUAUAAUGAAUGUCAUGUCUAGAUUACUUGUAAUACCGAAUACAAUGUAAAAACUAUAUAGUUUUUUCUGUAAUUUUUAUUGUACUAUUUAUUUUUCAAAUAUUUUUGAUCUAUGGUUGGUUGAAUACACCAGUGUGGAUCAUCUUUUGUCAGUAGUCACACCUAAGCAGACAUUAGAGAACUCACAUAAGGAUUAAAUCCUGCAUAGCAGAGGGUAUUUAUUUUCCAAAAAAACACUCUUUUGCACAGACAGCAUGCAUACUCAGCCUCUUGUUAUUGUGUGCAUGACCAUGUAACUGAGCUGUGUUCAGGGGAAUAUGGACACAAGUGAUUAACAUUACUUACUGGCCUGGCAACAAAAACAACAACAAAAAAUGUACAUGCACUUCCUGAUUUCUUAUGCCCUCUAGAGCUGAAGUGCAGAUGACUUCCAGGAUGGAGUUGGGAGCCAUAGGCUGGGGAAGGCCACUGUGACUUAAGACAGAAAGAAUUGAUUAGGGCAGAAAUGAUCUCACUUUUAUUCUGAAACUCUUAUUUGUACUUUGUGUAAGUGAUAAAUAAAUAAAUUGUUGAGCCAUUUUAUGUGUGAUCUGUUUGCCCUACAGCACAUCCAGCUUACUGUAGCUAAUUAACUUUAUAUGAAGUUUAUGAGAAAAGUUACCUGUUCCUGUGUAUGAGAAGAUUCACGUAGGAGAGAAACCUGUGUGAUCACUUUUUAUCCCAAAGUUCAUUUAUAGAAAAAUAAAAUUAUGGGGAGAAACAAUACAACACAUUGGGAACACCUUAUCAGGGGGACAUCUUAUUGAAUGCUGAGAAUAAAGUAAAUUUUCAUAAAUAUCUUUAAUAUGUCAACACUUUAAACAAAAUUUCAAGUUUCUUGUACAGCACAGAAUUUUAAAUGAAGCUAAAACUGUCAACUUAUGUAGUAUGUAUGAAAUUUUCUUAUAGGGUUAAAUAUAGUGACAAGACUAUUUUUUUAAAAAUUUGUAUGCUAAUAGUUAAGUGGAAAUAUUGCCUGACAAAGGACAUUUGCCUAUGUCUGGGGAUGUUUGUGGUUGUCAUAACUAGAGCUGCUACUCCACCUGUGGACAGAUGCCAGGGAUGGUGCAGUGCACGGAACAGCCUUCUCAUGGGUGUGGGGUUCAUGAAGAUAAGUGUUCUAUGUAACAGGAAUUUUCUUUAGUGGAAUCUGGCAUAAAUAUGGGUUGUGAAUAUGUACACAGCAUAAUGUAGUGACUUACAUUUGGAUUUCUUACAUUAAGUGCCACUCUGGCUUUUUUAUAGCUUGUUAAAUAUCAUGGACAUUUUCUUGGUUGACUAUGGAUGUAUACCCACAGGUAUAUGAAGAUAAUAAAAUUUGUGGAAAAAUAAAAUAUAAUAUAAAUUAUGUCCAAA